CUUAGUAUCAUAGUUGUAAAUUCUUUUUUUAUAUUUUAUUAACUCAUAAAAACAGAAAACAAAUUGGAUUUGAAAAUUUUGAAUACAUCGAACUUUAUAAAUACACUUCUUGUGACAAUGUUAUGAUUUAAGAAUGUGUAUAAUGUUAACGAUAGUUUCCACUUUUUUUGUAUCAAAUAAUUUAAAUUCUAGGCGAUGGAAGGGUUUGCCUUAAAGAUCAUAAUUUUAAUAUAUAUUUUUAUUCAACCGUCAAACCUCCAACUUCUUAUCAAUGUUAAAAAUCAGGGUGGUGAUGUUAUGCAGGAAAAUAUAACAGCAAACGUAUCAGAAGAUACAGUUACCCUGGAAUUUUUAAGACUAGACGGAAUAUACGUCUCGCAGCUCGUCGACUUCACAAAUGAGGUGGAGGCUAUGAAAAUUGUGAUACCAGCUGAGGAAGAGCUGGGUCAGACUGGUCACCAGAUACUCUGCUUCCUCACUCAUGCUGCUCAAGCAGACUUUAUUGCUCCUGAUGCUAUGGCCAAACUGCGUCAAAAAAACCCAGGCACAGUGAGGGUUGCAGAGGAAGACAAGGGCUGGAGACAGACCACUACAACAGCUUGGGCAGGGUGCGCCACACGGUUAUUAUCUCCGGCAGCUGCUAGACACUGUAGUGCUGCUCGAGAUAGGGUCUACUUAAGAACUGCAGAUCUUACCAGAUGGGGCCCUCGUCCUGGUCUAGAGCAGUCUUCAUAUUCAUCAGAAGUAACACCAUUCCCCUCCCACGUUCUAAUGUCGGACACAGCCGACGGCAAACCUGCAGUUGGUGUGUGUGUUGCUGAAACAGAUGCUGGCAAGGAGUGCAUCUGUCAUUUGGAGGUUUGUGUCAACUGGUACCCUUGUGGUCUGAAGUACUGCAAGGGUAAGCCUCAAGGUGGGUUGAGCUACAGAUGUGGUAUCAAGACUUGUCACCGAUGCUACCGCUAUCAAUACUACGUUCACCGACGUGAUUCCUGUCUCAGCUACUUGUGACCCCACGCUGGCCCGCUGGGCUCCCUACUGUGCCAAGUGUUACAACUAGUCGCUUUAACUUAUUUUUAUACUACAAUAACUACGAACUGACAAUACUUUAUGUCUGUAAAUAUUUUGCUAGAACAAUAUUUUUAAAACUAAGAAUAAAUGUUGAUUUUCAAUUUG